GCGUGGAAUAUCAAUAAGCAAUGAGGCGGCAACGCUUGUUGGAAGAAACAACUGAGAAGCGAAUUAAAAACCCAGUUUAGAUUGAAAAUUUUAUUAUAUAAAUUAAAUAAAAAAAGUUAAAAGUCAGUCACUGGAGGUUUGUCGAGGCUUCCUAUAGUGACUCUGCUCACUCAUGUCUUCCUUCCACAUCCACUCCUCCCCAUAACCCCGCCGCGCACCGCCAAUCGUCAACGUGAAUAACGCCGUCGUUACCCUAGUCAACACGAUUUCUAGAUUAUAACCCAGAUUUUUAUCGAUCUCACAUGGGAGAACAAACCCCGGCACAGCCUCAACCACAGGCUCAAUCUCAGCCCCCAAAAGACUCAUCUGCCACCCCAACCGAAACCCAAGCCCAAGCUCAAACGCAAACUCGAAAUCCGAAAAAUGCCUCCACUGCCGCUGUUUCCUCCGUCACCACCGUCACUACCGCCUUUGUAACCUCUGCUCCAAUGGAACUCACCAAUGUUUCUCCCCUUACCUCGUCCUCUCCUUCUAAAAUCCCUUUACGGCCUAGUAAAAUCCGGAAACUCUCCCCUGACUCGAACUCCGACCCUAAUGGCUCCCAACAAGCUACGAUUUCCUCAACAUCCGUAAUGGAACAGCCUAAAACCGUCGCCAAAACUCCCAAAACAAAGCUCACUCCACAUCGAGCCCUAACGGUGGUUCCACGAGUCAUGGCGCGGUCCCUCUCUUGCGAAGGCGAGAUCGAAAACGCCAUACGCCACCUCCGUAACGCUGAUCCCCUCCUCGCAUCCUUAAUCGAUCUCCAUCCACCUCCAACCUUCGACACUUUCCACACCCCUUUCCUCGCUCUCACUCGAAGCAUUCUCUACCAACAGCUUGCUUUCAAAGCUGGCAACUCCAUCUACACUCGCUUCAUCGCUCUCUGCGGAGGCGAAAAUGGUGUCGUUCCUGAAACUGUUCUUUCCAUAGCCCCUCAACAGCUCCGACAAAUUGGUGUCUCGGGACGAAAAACGAGUUACCUUCAUGAUCUCGGGAGAAAAUACCGGACAGGGAUAUUAUCGAACUCGGCGAUUGUCAAUAUGGACGAUAAAUCGCUUUUUACCAUGCUUACUAUGGUCAAUGGGAUCGGUUCUUGGUCGGUUCAUAUGUUUAUGAUCUUCUCGCUUCAUAGACCCGAUGUUUUGCCGAUUAAUGAUCUCGGGAUUCGAAAGGGGGUUCAAUUCCUCUACAAUUUGGAGGAGUUGCCGAGGCCUUCGCAGAUGGAUCAGUUGUGUGAGAAGUGGAGACCGUACAGAUCAGUUGCUUCGUGGUAUCUUUGGAGGUUUGUGGAGUCCAAAGGAGCGCCGUCAAGUGCUGUCGCUGUUGCUAGUCUUCCACCACCGCAGCUAGAGGAGCAGCAACAACAUCAGCAGCAGCAGCAGCCCCGACUUCUCGACCCCAUUAAUAGCAUUCUCAACCUUGGGUAUGAAGCCUGUGCUUGGGGGCAAUGACUGUCAUUGAAACAGAAUGUUUGGGAUUUGUCACAAUCCAUGAUCUACUUGAAGGGCAAGCGGUUAAAAGGAAAACUUUCAAGUGAAAGUAUCGUUCUGAAAGCCAGUAAAUUCUUUCAACUUUGGUGUCGUAAAUCAGCUUUGAGAUUUUGAAUAAACACUCUGCCCAUAUCUUUGGCCUUUCUAAAGACACCAGCUUUAGUUGUCAACCGUCUCGUAUAGGACAUUAAUAGAAUGCAAUUCACUGCUGGAUGUGGCUUUGCUUCUCUUGAACUGUCUAUUUUCUGGCUUCAUGUUUGUAAAUCUUUGCAACAGCCACACAUGUUUGAAGUCAGAACCUUCUAUUGUUAAUUAAUCAAUGACCAUUUAUAAUAAAGCCCGACUUACUUAAUUGAGAGCCACAAUAGAAUAGUGGUUUCUGAUUUUAACACUGGAAAAAUAGAAAAUCUAGAUGAAGAAUGAUUAUCUGAAUUCAAAGAUUAAUACAACAGACAGGGCGUCUGUUGGGUUACGGGGAGGUAUUUUACCAGAGGUUUGUAUUGUAUCAAUCUACCCUUGUGUGCGUGAUUCCUGUUGAAGCAUAUACUCGGGGGUGGGUGCAGGGCGAACGAUUUCAAAGCGGACUCCCCAUUCAUUAGAUAGAGAAGAUCACCAAGAUCUCGUGAUCCGCUGCUGAACCCUCAGGGUUCCAUUUGAUUGGAAGAC